UGUUUCGAGUUGUUAAUCUUCAAAAGUUAUGCACAAAACACUGCAGAGCUCGUAUUUCUCUGGUCACCCUGGCGUUUCUUUGUUUCGAUGGGCUUUACCUGCCGAAGGAAGAAAACCAGUUCGUGCAUCAUGUCAUGCAUGAUUUGGAAACAUACCAACAGGAAGACAACUCAAAGAGCGUGCUGCUGUUCCCCCCGUUACCCAGCAGGCUGCGGUACCUGAUCCACAGGACUGUAGAGGACAUCCCAGAGCUCACCACCUUCUCUGUCGGUGAAACUUGGUGCCGUCAGGUGGUGGUCUGCCCAGCUGAGCUCAGGAGUGAGUCAGAUGAAGAUGGUGAUUUUGAGGAUAACGGCUAUGAUGAAGAGCCUCUGAGCUCAAAAGGGGAGAUGAAUGAUGGUGUCAAGCUCAAAGCUCCUGUCCCGACUCGAAGCCGGGCACCUAAAAGGCCAGACAAGCCCCUCUAUGUGCCACGAGCUGCUCGACAGAGACAAAACUCACCAGGCUCCACCGCAGACAAGGACUUGCAGAGUUCAGCUCGCUGCAGUAACKUGCUGAGCAGUCCUCUAGAUCCCCGUUCCUGCCCUGAGACCACAGAACUUCAAAUACAGCCGUCGUGUGCCAAGGUGGCGGAGAAGAAAAUGAACAAUGAUGCGAACAGUUCAGGGUCCUGUUUUCAGGARGAGACUCAAAAGUUGGCCCAGAGUUUGAAUGAAAGCGAGGCUGUUGUCUGGGAUGAGACUCAGGACUUUUUUGCUGAGAUGACCUUGGUUGCAGACAAGCGUGAGGAGCUCACGUGUUUGUCAGACAAAGACCAGAUAGAAGACACAGACAUAGAUGAUUUGACUGAACAGAUCAAGGCACGUCUCAAAGAAACAGACAUCAUCUCCAUAAAGCUUGUUCACAGUGACUACUCUGUCUAUGAGAACAUGGCUUUCAGUGCUGAUGACUUCAGCCACGUGAUCGAGAUCUACAACUUUCCAGCUAUGUUCAAGACAAACGACCUCCUUGAUGCUUUUGCAGAAUACAGUGAUGGUGGAAUGAAGAUCACGUGGGUGGACGACACACAUGCUCUGGGAGUUUUCUCCACCGAGGCAGCAGCCCACCAGGCUCUCUCGAUGUGCCACCCGCUGCUGAAGACACGAGUGCUCUCUAAAGCAAGUAAAAAAGCUAAAAGAAAGGCCAUCAGUCGGGCAGAGUUUAUUCAGCCAGUGAAGGAACGUCCCAGGACAGACUGUGCUGUUGCCAAACGGAUGGUGACCAGAGCGUUAGGCAUACGGGGCCGAGGUGGACCGCAGCAACACUGAGUUUUACUAAAAUCUGAUGAUCCUGUUCCUCUGAGGAGCGACUGCAGUGACAAACUUCACUUCAUCAUUUAGAGUCUCCAUUUACUUCACUGUUAGCAUCACUAACAAAGAAGAUCGGACUCUAAAUUCAAGAAACAUUUAAUAGAUUUAAUAUUUCGGAUGACUCCAGUGGUUCUGAAACAAGGAAGCUUAGUUAUUUUUUGCACGUUUCUUGAACUGAAUUGUUUUGCGUUAUAUUUAAACCUCUGGCUGGUUUCCACAUCUUUUUGCUGUUUGCUCACUGCCAGGUGAAGCCAGAUGUUCUGCAUAAUUCUACAGUAUUAACUUAUUAUUUUUCAAUAACAUUACAUUUUUCUGCAA